AUGCGGCUGUCAGAUGCUCAGCAGAUAGCAGGGUUCCUUGAGGGUCAGAAGCCAUUCCUGAAAUUCCUCUCAUUGGAAGAGAGUUGCAUUUUAGAACACACAUCUUUGAAACCUUUUACAUAUCCAGUGCCUGAGACAAGGUUUCUACAUGCUGGUGUGAAUGUGUAUAAAUUUAAGAUCAAAUAUGGCAACACAAUUAGCAUUAAUACUGAUCUUGAUGAAAGCAUUGUCAGUAAGGAACUACAGGUGAGAUAUGAAACAAAUAUUUGUUUAUCUCAGAAAGAUGCUAUUCGAGUAGUACUUGGAAAUCUUGAUAAUUUAUGCCCAUUUACAACUGAACACUUGAUCAUAUUUCCAUAUUUAAAUAAGUGGGAAAGAGUGUCAGAUUUGAGGUUUAUGCACGGUGAGGUAUUUCUUACUCCAUAUCCAUAUGUCUGCACUAUUUAUGUCGAAUUAAAUUCAUGCAAGCAAAACAAGUAUGAAGGUGAAAGAGAAUAUAGGGAUUUCUGCAACUCUACCAAAAAAAGAAAUAGAUUGAGAGAGAAUAUGGACACAGAAAGAGCUACCAAAUGGAGAAGACUGGAAGACAUAUUGGAAACUUCACAUACACAGCAAUAUAUGAACAGAAAUGUGGCUAAAAAUGCAAUCUUUAUGUAUGAUGCAAGCCAGCCAAAUGCUGAAUUUGGAAGGACACGACUUCAAAAAGAUAUGAUGCAUCCAGUGAAGAAUCAGUCAGAAGAAACCAAGUAUUCAUACUGUAGCUCUGCCACCACCACCAAUGGUUAUAACGUAAAGGCUUUAGGGCAACAUGUGGAAACUAACAGGACCAAAAAUGCAGAGAACAAUCAACAAGAGAGACAUAUGCUAACUUUGCAAAACAGAUCAGAGCAAAGAAUUAAGUUGAAAAAGAAAGGCUUCUUGGAAUACUUGAAAAGUGCUCUCUUUCCACUGUUUCUGCAACAAGUUUUUAGUGGAAAUGAUCAAGCCUCUUGA